GGGCAGCAGAGAGCAGGAGCAGCAGGUGAUCGUUGUGGUAGGUGGGCGACGUGAUCCGCGGGUCGGGGGCAGUCCGGCCGGCAGCUGGCGCGACAGAGGUCUUCGCCCAGAGAGAAGAAAAACGGGAGAAAGAAGAAGAGAGAAAGGGAGAGCUCGAGAGAGUAGAGGGGGAGCCGAAGGGAGUUCGAGCGGGAGCAGUGGAGAGGGCGAGAGGGCUCAAAUUUAGCCCCGGGGGCGAGCGUCGUCCAGCCGUCCUCGACGCAAACCGGCGCAACGGAGCUCGCGGUUCCCCCCUUUCUUCCACGUCCUCCGACGUUGGUUUUAGCCCAGAGGGACCAACAAGAGCGUGAGCCCAAGAGAGUGAUCUGCCGUCGUCGGUGGUUCGUCAGUCAGCCGCCGUCCGCCGCAGUACCCCCACCGAACCAAACCAGGCCAUGGAUCUGAUGGAUUCAAGCACACUGGUUCAUAAAGUUGAAUUUCUGAACUUGAAUGGUGAUCGAUCCGUUAACAGCUGCAAGCAACUAUGCGAUCUACCUGAUGCAAUUCUUUUGCAAAUCCUGUCUCUUCUACCAACAGAAGAUGUCGUGCGAACCAGUGUGCUGUCGAGACGGUGGGAGUAUCUGUGGACUUCCAUUCCUAGUCUUGUCUUCAGAGAAGAAUACAAGGAAAAUCACCAUGGGAGGAUACUCUUCAGGAACUUCGUGGAGAGAGCAUUGUUACUUCGUGGCUUGUCUCCUAUGAAAGUCUUUUCUCUCUCGUGUGUUGUCGACAGUGAAGAAUAUUUUGAUGGCAAUGAAUCUCGUGUCAAUACAUGGAUUACUGCUGCAAUAGGCCACAAUGUUCAAGAUCUCUGCUUGUACCUUGAAUUUGGUCAUCCUUGUACUGCAUACAAAAUACCUCGUUGCAUAUUUAGUUGUGGAACUUUGAGAGAACUCCAUCUACAAAUGAAGCAUGACCUCAAGCUUCCUUCCAUAAUUUGUCUUCCAAAUCUAAAGGUCUUAAUUCUCGUGGAUGUUCCGUUUGGAGAUGAUAAAUCACUAGAGAAGCUGCUUUCUUGCCCUUCCCUUGAGAAGUUGUCUCUUGAAAACUGCAAGUGGGAUCUCGAGGUUUUGGAAAUUUCUGCUCCCAACCUUUUGCACUUGAAUAUAGUUGAAUACUCGUCAUUUUCUGACAUUCGGAGCUGCCAAGUACGGAUCCAUGGAACUUUUAUCAAGUCCUUUGACUAUUACGGGGAUUUGCAUUAUGACGAUGUCGUAUUGACCUCCCCUUCCUCAUUAGUUGAGGCUUCCAUCCAAGUGCAUCAGCCUUUCAGUCAAGUCACCGACCAUUUAUGUAACUUCAUGAAGUGUCUUUCUAAUGUAAAACAGCUAGCUUUCUCCAUUAGAAGCCUUGAGGAUAUGGUCGAGGGAGAGGAAAUUCUUAACUCUUUUCCAGUCUUCCAUAGUCUGACAGAACUGGAGCUGACUGACCCUGACGUACGUUUAGAAUCUAGAGCACUUUUGUUGUUGCUCAGUAAAUGUCCUAUUUUGAGGAGUCUAAGAUUCUCUGGGGGUGUUUACACGGACUCUAAAAGAAACGACAGGAUAUUGGACCCUAAACCUACGUGUUUUACUGCAUCGCUUAAGGAGAUCAAGAUUAAUUGCUUUAACAAGACUGGUUGUGAAAUGUUAGCUGUGAGGAAUUUGGUCAUUGCUGCUCAGGUGUUGGAUAAAGUGCUUUUUUCCUACUCACCUGGUCCACGGAAAUGGCAAGGGCGCUUGAUGCAAAGCUCUAGUAAGCUCCCCGGAGCUCCAGAUCAAUGUACAAUCUCGUCGGAGUGCGAGCACUGGGACUACUUCUGCGAUUGCAGUCAACGUCUGCAGUUUGGUUAAUUUCGGGAUUGUGUUCUGGGAACUCAGCUUCUGUUUUUGUUCAAGUUGAUGGACACAUGAAUUUUGAGUUCUGUCCUGCUAAUCAAUUAUGCAUUUAUUAGAAGAACAACUUCAUCAUCUUACUUAGCAAGUAAAUAUUCACAGGACGUGCUGGGCUAUGUAUUGCUUCUUUCCCAUCCCUCUAUGGUGAGCAUUGAUGAUA